UUGGGUGCGCAGUGUUGCCAGCCACAGAGCCACGUCAGGCCUGUAGCAACUGCUCGUUUUCUGCUGCCUCUCCAAGGUUAGCGAUAGGCCCGCCCGACCAGCUCCACACUCUCGAAGAAACAGACACUGGGAGCCGAAUUGAGGAGUUAAGUUUUUUUGAACGUUCAGAUUUCCUCCGGCACACAAGCGUAAAGUGUGAGCUGCACGCUGCGAAAUUGUCAGCGGUGACACCGACAGCGCUGUUUCGUCUUUUGGGGGAGGUUGUGCACCUAAGAAGAGAUCGUUAUCGCUCGUUUCCGUGGUGCUUAAUGGAAACGCGCAAUUAUAAAAAAUGGUUGCAUUUGGAGAAUAUUCGUGAUUGUGUUCGUUUUCCUCCGACAUCGGUGCGUCAGAGAAGCCACCUCAGCUAGCUGGACUCCGAGUUGGGUGUGAAGUCUUCACUGUGCACCGUGUGCUGCUGGAGUGAAGGUGACUUGCGCCCCGUCGCAGUCAAGGCAAUGCGGAGAGGAGUUGCAGGCGCUCAUCCGGUACUUUUCCUGCGCCCUGAGGCUCGUCUGGUAAAAGACUUACUCCCUCUCACACACUAGAGGAGGAACGUGAAGGAUAGACCGAGCAAUAACAAUAGUCGAGGUUCAACCCAGCUAGUAGUUGGCGAAGGUGAAUUAAACAUAAACGGAGAGAAUAAGGUGAACAGUAAGGUGCAGGGUGGUAAGGAAGAAAGAGGAAAAGUGCUGGAGUUUGGGGGGAUAAGAUAAAACCGUUCUGUAUUAGGGUUGUUUUAUUAGUGGGUGUGUAUGCAUGAGUUCUGCAUCGAAUGGGCGCAAAAACCGCCCCAGAUCCGCAGGGAACAUCUUCCAGAUCGGCAAGCCUCCUUACCGAGACCCACAGAGGAGGGAGAGCACCGAAAGUACCCGCAAAGCCCAGCGCGCCGUGGCCGACUGCAGAAUGAUCGUACAAGAAUUCAACACACUUGUGGCUCUUUACCGUGAACUGGUCAUCUCCAUUGGUGAAAUCACUGUCGACUGCCCUUCUUUACGGGCCGAAAUACAGAAGACCCGAACUAAAGGCUGCGAAAUGGCGCGAGCGGCGCAUCACAGUCUCUCCUUGAUAUCAGGGCCAGAGGAUGGGGAGAUCCACCCUGAGAUCUGUAGGCUCUUCAUCCAGCUGCAGUGUUGUCUGGAGAUGUACAUCACUGAGAUGCUCAAGUCUGUGUGCUUGCUGGGCUCGCUGCAACUCCACAGGAAAGGUAAGGAUUCCUGUGGCCCUCCUGGUAUUGACAGUAAGGCAGAGGAGAGCUCAGACAUCCCUAUCCUGGAGGACACCUCUUCCUCCCCGAUUGACUGCCCUCAGCUGUGCUGGCUGGUGGCCAGUGAUAUAGAAAACAUAGAAAGGGAUAUGAGAGAGAUGAAGAACCUUCUCAGUAAACUCAGGGAGACAAUGCCAUUACCACUGAAGAACCAAGAUGACAGCAGUUUGCUGAACCUGACUCCCUACCCACUGGUCCGACAGAGGAAGAGGCGGUUCUUUGGACUCUGUUGCCUGGUAACCAGCUAAAGGCCCCACCUUUGUGGGUAGGAGGCAGCAACAAAGACACCAUUACCCACUGUCCCUCACCACUUGUGUCUCCCACCAAUCUAUUACUGCCAUUUUCAAAUGAAUUGUCUCUUUCUCUUUUUUUUUUAGAGGCUGCCCAUUUUAUAAUUUUAUUUUGUAAUACAAAGAAGAAUUGUAACUGCAAUGUAAUGAAAACAGAAGUCAUGAACAUAUAUUUUAAGAUAUUUUGCAGCAGAUGUUCCCUUUAUUGGUAAGUGGAAUCAGAUAUCUGCCUAUCCAAAGUAAAAAAAGAAUGAGAGGUCAUUUGAAAUAUUGUCAAUAUUCAGCUACUUCCAUAAGCCUGAGUGAAUGAAAUGAGGAUUCAUAUUUUAAAAAGGGAAUUUAAUUGUCUGUUUUUGUCUGAAUUAAUGUGAUAACUUAUGAACAGACACCAUCUGAAUAUUUGAGAAUGGUACUUACAAAGACAGAGUUAUAUUUUUGUCUGUCAAAGGUGACAUAGCAGGUUUAAGGAAGCAGGCCUGUAGGUUUCCUGUGUAUUACAGUCUCUGUUUAGUUUCUUGCUGUUUUUAGUUCUUAAUAUACUUAAUUUAGUCUUCCAUAAACCACGAAUCUGAACCCAACUUUAACUUCUCAGCUUCAAAAUGAAAUAUAUCACACAAUACUCAAACAGAUCUCUCCUUUGCACAAAAUAUCUAUCAUUAAAUUGAGACAUUAGACAUGUAUAUAGGCAUACUCUACGCAAUGCUCUCUGAAUUAUUUUCAAAGAUGGAGUUUGUUAGCAAAGAAUGUUGGUUGGUGUUAGCAGGGAGGGUCUCCCUCUGUCUCAGGCAAUCAGUGCAGACAGUGGGCAGGCAGCUCGGGUCGUGCUUAUUAAACAUAACGAUCAGUGUUUAGGACACAGUAAAGAAACACUAGUCAAAGCUGAUAUAGUCAUUUUACAUUGUUAAUAAAACUUUUGUUAUUGAAACUAUGUCUGAGAUUUUCUUACAUGGGUGGCAUGGUGGU